GACCGCCUCAGCGAGGUCGAGCCUCAAACAGCCAACCGUCGACAGCUCCUCGACUACCUAGCCGGUGAAAAGUAUCUGGACGAACUCUACAGAGACGACGAAGGUGCCAACAGCACCGACGGCGAAGACGGUGCGUAUAGUAGUCGACGGUCUACUAGGAAGCCGUCGAUCCCGUACGUCUCAGCCCCACUGUCUGGAAGUGGACAUGGAGUGACAAUCAAUGCUACGGAUAUUGAUGCGACUCAACUUAGCCGGAUCGUGGCGGAAGAAGCUGAACGGAAGCAGAAAGCUCGCGCGGAGAAGGAGCUGGCGUGGCAAAAGGUGAGGCAGCUCCUGAUCGAGGAAGAAGAGAAGGCGUCGACCGGAACCGUCAACUCCAUCCAGUCGGUUGAUGACAAAGCAGCAGCAGCACCUGUGCGUGACGACGUGGUGGGCGAUGAGAGCUACGGCACCGUCAAGCUUCUUGACUCAUUGGGUCGCUCUGGAAGUGGAAACUUCUCGUACAACCGCAGUGUUUCGUCCGAUGUGGAUGCAGCCCCCAUCGUGGAUGCGUCACUCGUGCAGUCACAGCUUUCGUCUUCGAAUUUGAGUGCCAGCAAUGUGUCGGUGCCAGAGGUUAAAGAGCCGCAGACUUUCGCCAGUCACUUCGAUCGCAUGGGCACGAAACUCGCGCAAUUCCUCAGCCGUGGCCAAGCUUCCGACGAUGAAGGCAGUGGUGACUUGUUCAAGACCAGGCGCCUUAAACCCCCUUCGAGGUCGAAACACGAACCUUUUGUCGCUGGCAAGUCUUCGGUCCGGAUGGCACUGCUCGCGACGUUGGAGCAGACGUUGAGGACUUGCCAAAGGACGGAGCUGUCUGAGGACUCGAUGACCCGAAUCCUGUCGCAUUUGACCGCCAUCGAUCACAUUACUCGCGACGACAUGAACAAGAAGAACGGUCAGCUGAAGCGAGGAUUCCGUCGGCUUUCGAGCACGCAGUGGUCCAACCACUCGAGGUCCACCAACGACUCGAGCGAUCAUGACAAAGACUUCCUGCCUCUACCGGUAGAGGCACCAUCGGAGCUCUUGUCGAUCCCGUCAGCUCCUUCAGUCAUUACGGACAGUGCGCAGGCCAAGGUUGUGCAGGAGUCCUACAAGGCGUUCGAUGCGGCAGUCGACCUGGAAGACACGCUGGCAGCUUUCAACAACCUGGUGACCGGCUGCGGUCUCAACGGUAUCGUGGUGGACGAGCCCUGGCACAUUUACUACCACAUCAAGGCCGCCGUGUACAGCAAGCUGAGCUUCCGACACAAGCAGCUCUUCAAGCUGCUGGACGCGCGGCUCAACUUGGAGGUCUACAAGCGCAAACCUGCUACCGGUAAGAGCGUCUGCAUCGUCGGAGCUGGGCCGGUCGGUCUGCGUGCUGCUGUGGAGACGGCGUUGCUUGGAGGACACAUGGUAGUCGUGGAGAAGCGAGCGGUCUUCAGUCGUGAGAGCAGGCUUCACUUGUGGCCGUGGGUCGUGCAGGAUAUGACUGCACUUGGUGCCAAGGUCUUCUUCUCGCACUUUUGCAAGACCAGCACGUACUUCCACGUGAGCACGCGGCAGCUGCAGGUCAUUUUGCUCAAGGUGGCGCUGCUUAUUGGCGUGAAGGUGCACUCCUCGACCGACUUCGAGUCCAUUGUGCCCCCCGCUUUGGAGGAGAACGGCGGCAACCCCUUCUACUCGGUGACAACGAAGCCUCAGAUCCCCAAGAUGGAGUUUACCGCAGUGCUUGGAGCAUCCGGGACGAACGACACGCUGGCCGAACCUGCGGGUAUCAACCGCUUUGUCUACAGCAGCAAGGAGGAGCUGGGCAUCGUCUGCUACUUCCCGAACCUGGGGACGUCGGAUGAAUCCAAGGCCAAGGAGUUCUCGUGGACCACUCAACGCAAGCACCCAAUGCUCGACAAGCUGCGUGAGAUCGGCUUCGACAUGGAGAACGUCGUGUACUAUCGCGGCGAAAUGCACUACAUAGUGAUGACCCCGAAGCGUCAAAACCUCUUGGACCGGCGAGUACUAAGCCAGAACCGUCCGAGCGCGACGGAUCUGGUCAUGGACGACAACCUGAACGAAAUGGCCCUCCGUGAGCUUGCCAAGCGUGUCGUCGACUUCGCUGGCAUCCCGAGGAAGACGGACUUCACGCGCGUGAGUUUGUUCGACUUCAGCACGCUCACCCGUGCGGACAAGGCUGCGAACAUCCUUUCGUCGCACGGGAAGAAGCUCUACGUGGGUCUCAUGGGCGACUCGCUGCUGGAGCCUCUGUGGCACGAGAGCCUCGGAAUCUGCCACGGGUUCUUGGGUGCGCUGGACGCCGCCUGGAUGGUGGCGCAGAUCGGCAAGAAGACGGACGAGCAGCUCCUCGCCGACCGUGACGUUGCGUAUCGACUCAUCCAGCGACUGUCGGGCCACCGCCGCGACGACUUGCAGAAGAACACACGCAAGUACACGGCCGACCCCAUCUCGCGCUACAUGGUCCACUUCCCUCGCGUCGUCCAGCCCGCACCAAAGUCCAAUUCUUAACUUCUACGAAAAUUUAUAGGGAACUUUGAUUCUGGU